CCCACCCGUCCGAUCUGGACGACAACGCCCAAGACCCGCUUAGGGUAGCGGCAUUGUAACAGUUAUAAAUAUUUAUUAUAAAGAAAAAUACAAUAAUCUCAUAUUGUACAAUAAGUUCAAGCGUAUAAUAUAGUACAUUAUAGAUAUAGUAAUUACAAAUUUUUGUAUCUGAUAUAUGUAUUAAUUAGAAAACUAUCAAUAAAAAUGUAAAGCGUACGUGGACACACCAGUGUAAAACUCGUAUCCGCGCGACUUUAAUUUUAAUCGAUAUUUAUACGUAUAAUAAAAUAUUAUGCGCUCCUACAAUAAUGUGCACAUUGAUGAUGAUGUAUAUGUAACAGUCGUGUGCUAUGUAAUCAUUUGGUUUUGCUUUAAUUAUUACCGUGUACACAACAUUUACAUGAAUAUUUGUUAUCUUACAAUAGUAUAGUUGGAAACAAAUGUAAUGUACUGUUAGUAAAAAAUCCAAGCACUGAGAAACAAUGGAUUGAAGAAUAAUAUAUGCGUUCUCAUCAAAAUACGCGUAAGUAAGGGGCCGAUUUAUAAUUCUGUUCAUUUUUUAUGCAAAUACCGACCAACGAUUAAGUGUCUUCGAACAUAAGCUUUUCUCCUAAAAGAUUACUGAUAAUUAUAUGUACCAUAUGAUAAUUAUAUGUCUUGUGUUCUUUCAUCGCGCAUACAUUAAAAAAAUAAUAGUCGAAGCCGGGAUGCGCAUUUCACCUCUACCUUCGUUUCAGUGUACUUCACUAUCAGAGCUUACGCAGUAUUCGGAUGUACAUUGCUGUAUAAGCUUCGGAAACUAAUUUUUAUCGAUUCUUCUUCACUCUCGAUGUGUUUGUACUGUACAUAAUAUACAGAAUAAUGGAUGAUGAAAUUUUUAUCAGGCCUUAUCAGAUCAGUUUGAAACUAGUCGGCGCAUGGCCAGGAUGUGCAAAGUUGUCUGGUUUUUUCUUCGUCACCGGCUGGUCAUCGAUUUUGCUGUUUUUCGCGCUCUGGAAUACCACCGAAGUCUACGAAAAUUUGGAUUUUCUAGUGGAUAAUUUGGUCAAUGUCAUUGCUGUUGUCGUUGGGUUACUAAAGCUGACAACGUUAAGAGUAAAACGCAGUAUUUUUUUAUUCAGGACCCUGAUGACGAUACUAAACAAAAUGUUAGAAGACUGGCAAACGAUGAAAAUGAUCGAAGAAUUCAAAGCCAUGACAGAUAACUUCGAGCGGUCUAAAUGGAUAUGCAAGUCCAUUGUCAUGCUGUACAACUCUUUAAUUUUAACGUUUCUACUCAAACCCGCUAUAUCUUACAUGAAUGAUUCUGUCGAGCAUAGAGAAUAUCUAGCACCUGUAUCGUUUCCUAAAUUCAUGGAUGCGAAGCAAUCGCCUAUGUAUGAAAUUAUAACUGCCGGAGAAAUCGUUACGACAUUCCUUUGCUUAAAUAGUCACGCUUUGAUCGAAGGUUUACUUGCAUCAUCGGUUUUACACGCGUGUUCGAAAGUUGAUGCUGUACGCCAAGAAAUAGUCAAGUUUUCCGACGUCUGCCGAACGCAAAGUGGCGAUAAAAUGCUGAAAUUGACAGCGAUAAGACGAUUGGUUAACGUGCAUGUCAACUGCGACGAAUUUUCAGAGAAUGUCGAGAACAUUUUUACAGUCAUCUCGUUCUUUCACAUCUCUCUUCUGACGCUAAUGCAAGUUUUGUCCGGAUACAUGUUUAUUUUAAACCUCGAGGAAGGAGGGGAAAUUCUUCAAACCCUUCAUCACGGGCUUAUAAUAAUAGUGAUUUUGGUAAGCUGCGGAUAUUAUUGUAUCGCUGGAGAAUAUUUGACGAAUCAGAAUGAGCUACUUAAUGUAGAAAUAUACAACUGCUUUUGGACUGAGUUUCCAGUUCCUCAACAAAAAGCUAUCAAGUUUAUUCUGGCCAAAUCGCAAAGACCGGUUCGUUUGACGUUUGGAAAGUUUGAUCAAUUGAAUCUUUUAUGCCUAACUAAAAUCAUAAAAACCUCAUUUUCUUAUCUUUCGCUAGUUCGCCAAGUCCAUUAGAAAAUUUUAAACUGUAUAUAAGAUUGUAAAUUUGAUGGUAUUUCAUCUGUCAGUAAUUGUUUUAACCUGUUAUAUGCCAAAAUUACUGAAAUUUCGCCACUAUAUGCACUAUAAAGUUAUGCAAUACCUCUUGUUAUAAAACCUACACUAAACUGGAAUGCAACGUUUUACACUCCAAUGAACUCGAGAUAAAUGUAAAAACAAAAUUCAGUAACAGUUAACAAUUUGAUAUUACAUUGCUUGUACGAUGAGAUACCUGAGAAUAACUUUCAUAUUCAGCGAUUGUAAGAACACUUAGACAAACACAUUAUUUUGACAAAUUGAUCGUAGUAAAUGUCAAUGUACUUGCACGUUAUGGUAAAUAAACAAGAAGCAAACAACAAAAAAUUCAAUCCCAGUACCUACAUAAAAUAAGAGAUUCUAUAAAAAGCUCCACAUUUUACAGAAACAGUUCAGUCAACAAAGCAUUUAUUUUAACUAAUACAAAUCUGUGGCUGGCAGGCAAAAUUACAUAAGUCCAAUUUUCGUGAAAAUCGAAAUAACUGUGGAUUUCAUAUCUUCAAACAAUGUCUUUUCAUGAAAAAUGCCGGGAGUUGCUGAAAGGUUGCUCUAAAGCUGUAAUACACCCAAGAAAUAAAUCCAUAAGUUCGGUUUUCCGAUUUUGUUCCCGACAUAACGACAUCAGUCCAUUUCAAAAUCAGUUUUUUAAGGAUAUUAGCUUCUCUACUUGUUUUUGGUGAUUUAAAACACAAUAUUGCUAUCUAUCAAUAUUGGCAAUCUAGCCCAUUUCCAGACAUUCCAUAAAGAUUAUUUUAGAAAAACAACCAAUAAUCGAUCUGAAUUCAGUAAAUACUCUGUAAAAAAAGAAUAAUAGACUUAUGUUCUUUAGUUUUGUCAGUUAUGGACUGGUAGGCUGGAAGUGCAAUUUUCGAACUAUUUUGAAGCUCAUUUGACUAACGCUGUAUAUGACUGGUGUGCCGAUUGCUUCGCAAUAAGUCUUGCAAUGCGCAUUGUGAAUAAGUCUAGAGUUCCCGGAAUGAAGACAUAACUCGAUUCUUCACGGAGUAAAAAAAAUGUUGAAUCUACCGAAGCGACUUCAGUAGGAUCUACUUGAGUAAAAUAUGUGCGAGAAUAGACUCGCACAGCACAAAAUUUCCGAGCGAGAAAAGUGGGGGAAGCGCAGCAGUGGCGGUGGGCGGGGCUAGACGAAUUUGGGCCCUUCUGCGCAUUCGAUGAGUGUCUACCGCGCAGGACUUUCUUUACCUAAGUCGUCAAGUAGAUUCUACUGAAGUUUUGAGUAGCCUCAACGUUUUUUUUUCUCCGUGUUCUGCAAAAUUGCACGAAGCAGCUAAUAUAUAAGCCGGGGCCUUAUUGUCUAAGCGUGUUGAACGGUAUACGACAGCUAAGACACGAGAUAGCGACACAUCAAGUAUCGACAGAUAUAAAGAAUUGCGCAUGCCCUUAUACGUUUGAGCCAAUGUUUUUACCGCGCUGCACAUUGCUCUGAAAAACGGAGACGAGAAAAUCGUCAAAAUAUAAAAAAUUAACCAAUCUUAACCAAUAAUUAAACAAUCUAUCUAAAAUCAAGCGCAUGCGCAUUAUCAUCAUCUGACCGUCUCUAUAUCGUAUGUCGCUGUCUUGACUACAUCACUAGACACGCUUAGACAAUAAGGCCCCCGGUCAUAUUAGGUAUGUACGCUGAAUGUGUGAAAUAACCUGUACUGUAUCGCGGCCUAUCUGGUUUGUUCCGAUCUAACGUAUGAGUCUGAACAUUAUAAAGCCGCUUUUUCUGAAAAAUGCGAAAAGUGGACUUAUGUCAUUCUGCCUGUCAGCCACAGAUAUAAAGUACUGAGAAAAAAAUAAAGCUGCAGUUGCGGAGAUCUCUCAUUUAGUUUCAGCUGUAAAGACUACGGCACUUGCUGCUGAAGUUUCAGAAUCAUAGGUUGUUUCGCGCCCAAGCUCGGGUCAAAUGGAGAAAAGCGCAACGGUACUGAAGCAAACUUCUGAUAUAUUAUUGAAAUUUAACUGAAAUUUUGGAAGAAGGUGUUAAAAAAUAUGCACAUACUCUGCGUUGUUCUAGACUUAAGUUAGUUUGAAAAUUAUCUAUACCAUAUUAUCGCUUUUCUACAACGACGCACACGUGUUCCUUCCCAUUUUGAACUUACACAGUGCAAUUUCAGCAAUAGUGUGGGAGAUGCAAUCGCACAUACAAGACAAAAUCGCAAAGUUACUCCACUAAAAGUAGACAGAAAAUUACGAGAAAAAUUGUUUAUUUUACUUGGCUUUCCCACGGACUUCUAUUUGAAUAUUCGAUCUUCUCAGGCUCGUGCAUAUUUGAUGACUCGAAAGGCCAAAUAAAAACUAAUUAAGUGCAACAUCUCUGGAAUCGCUUUGUUCUUGUACACGCUCGUGGUACAUUAUUUUAUGUAGAAUAAUGCAGUCGUUUUUUUAUACCCAACUAAUCAAUUAAAUGAAACACCUUGAAUAUGAAAAUUGUUUUCGCGUCGCACUGCACGCCUUGCUUUCGCCAGAAAUAGAUGAAUUUCUCUCCGACGAGAAAAGAAAUAAAUUUGUACUUAUAACAUAUAAUAAAAACUAUAUUAUACAAAAAUCACGAUUUAGUUCCCCCCUGUAAUGCAAAUGAAGUUUAGCUUUCAAUAUCUGUUGGCGAGUCUUCGCGCCGCUUGCCGUCUAUAAUAGACUACAGGGCUAAUCUAGCGCCACCAUGCGGGCAGCGCUAGGUAUUCACGCGUGCUCUGCAAAGUACUCUCUCUCCUGCCGACCGCUCUCGAAGCAACAGCUCCGUCGCCCGAGUUAUACAUCAGAGGAAAAUAAAUAGAGAGUUAUAACAGAA